AUGUCGGAGAAGCAGUCAGCUAAGGCUGAUAAGAAAGAUGGCGAGGACCUUACUACUGUUCUCGACAAGUCGCAGAGAGCGGAUCUGACUUUGUUGAUCGCAAACAUCACAGAAUCUAUGAGAAAACUAAUUUUGGAUAAUUUCGAUGCUGCAGCUGGCCUGGAUCAAGAGAUGAUCCAGAGGGAACAGAUGACAGAGGACGAGAAAAUGAUGAGCGCCGACAUUAGUGGUGAUGUUAACAAAUACGAGCAGCAGAAGAAAUUGAAAGCACAAUACGAGAAAGAACUUGAAUCUCCGAAAAUGAAAAAUCUCAAGAAGAAUUGUCUAAGGGCUUAUGACGAAUGGCGUGAACAAGUCAUUAUGAGGGUUGGUAAAGCUGUCAAUAGUGAAGAUGAAGCCAAGCAACAAAUUGACAAGUCUAAAUCGACCGAAGCUCGACCAAAUGCACCGACGACUGUUGGUAAAAUUACAGAAGCUCCGAAAAAGAAUGGCAGUCUCAAGUUCAAGGAUCUCUUUCCGCCCACAAAGACACCCCUGACGAAAUUGUCUAUGGACCGUCGUACACUCGUCUUGCAUUCAGUUCUACUGCUCUUGUUGUCACUAGAACACUACAACGCUGCUUCACGUGUGUUGCUGCUCAAUCUCACUUCGAGUCUGAAGCUGUCGUUGAAGACUUUUGAACAAGACGAGUAUGUGACGGCCAAAGGACUUCUGGAAAACGCCAAAGAGCUUUCAGGCAAUGAGGAGACAAGGAAGAAAGCUGAAGAAAACCAAGCAACAAGACAGAAGAAAGUCAGAUACGCGACGAUAGCUGGUGCAGCUGCUCUGGGCAUUGCAGGAAGUUUCGCUGCUCCACUCAUUGCGGCUGGGAUAGGAAGUGUUGCUACUGGUCUGGGACUAGGUACAACAGCUGCGGCUGGAUAUCUAGGUUCAGUGGCAUCCUCUUCGUUGCUCGUUGGCAGUCUCUUCGGAGCAUAUGGUGGUCGCAUGACAGGGCAAAUGAUGGAUGAAUUUGCUCGAGAGGUCGAAGACUUUGAAUUUUUACCCGUCCAUACCGAUAAGCGUACCAGCGAGGAUCCUGAUCAAGGUGCUCAGGAGGCAUCCGAGCACGACCACAAACUUCGAGUCACGAUCUGCUUAUCUGGUUGGCUACGUGAGAAAGAGGAAGUUGUGAAGCCAUGGCGAGUCAUUGGUUCAGGAUCUGAAGUUUUCGCUCUGAAAUGGGAGUUAGAAGCACUCCUCAAUCUUGGUAAUGCAAUGGACGGAAUGGUUUCAAGUGCUGCUUGGGGCUAUGCGCAAAAGGAGUUGAUAGGACGAACUGUAUUUGCAGAAUUGAUGGGAGCAAUGUGGCCGCUUGGUCUGUUGAAAGUGGCGCAAGUUGUUGACAACCCAUUCACUCAUGCAAAGGCGAGAGCGGAGAAGGCAGGAGAGAUCCUGGCAGAGGUGCUUAUCAAGCGAGCGCAAGGAGAACGACCUGUGACCUUGAUUGGGUACUCUUUAGGUGCACGAGCUAUUUAUGUGUGCCUACAAACACUUGCAAAGCAUCGAGCCUUCAACUUGGUCGAGAACGCCGUCCUUAUUGGAGCACCUACACCUUCCGACACAAGCGAUUGGCGUGUCUUGAGAAGUGCUGUCUCAGGCAGACUUGUCAACGUAUACUCGACGAACGACUACAUCCUAGGCUUCAUGUACAGAACCUCAGCAAUUCAAUACGGUGUUGCUGGGCUGCAGCCAGUCGAUGGUCUUCCAGGGGUGGAAAACGUGGAUGUAAGUGAAGACGUGGAUGGCCAUACUCGAUAUCGUUUCCUCAUAGGUGGUAUCCUCAAGAGAAUAGGCUUCGAAGACAUCGAUAUGGAAGCUGUUCAGGAAGAGCAAGAGGCUCUGAACAAGAUGAUCGAGGAAGAAAAGAACAAUUCGUUGCAGGCGCAAAGAAAUCGACUGAUGCGGCAGGAAUCUUAUAAGAAGGAGGAUGGCAAGGUCGAUGAAGAUGCUUUGGCUCGAGAUGAAGUUAGUGAUCUUGAGAAACAGCCUCGUGCUCCAAACACCAAAGAUGCGGAAAAGGUAGCAGCAAACCUCCAGAGGGCCGUUCAGAAUCCAUCAGACCUUCGAGCGGCCGCCAGCGAUACUGCCAAAGACGUCCAAGACUCUACAGCCAGCAUGGCACAACGCGUCUAUCAAGCUCUGCCGAACAUACCUUAUAUGGGCAGCAGCACAGCAACUGGUGGUGUCGCGAAAGCUGAUCCUGGAAAGGUCGCAGAGGGCGCCACAAAGGAAACACAAAGUUACACGUCUAAAGCAGCUGCUUACCUGCCCAAAAAUUUGCCGUCUAUGCCAAGCAUGCCUGCAUUACCUCGCUAUUCCAAGCCGAAAGACACGUCUUCAGCACCAGCGAAGGCGACCAAGGAUGCUGGCGAGACUGCGAAGAAGGCGACAAGCACAGCAACAGAUACUGUAGGAACGACAGUCAAGAAUGUCGGUAAUGUCAAUGAGAACCCAGCGACAAAGCAGCUUAAGGAAGCACCAGGCAUCAAGCAAGCACUCGAUAAAGAUCCUGGAGUCACUGAGAAGCUUGGCGAAGCCACGGGUGCAGUAGGCACAACAGUGAACAAUACCGCUGAUAAGGUAACGGGUGCUACAGAAAAGGCAACAGAUGCAGCUGGCGAAGCAGGAGCGAAAGGAGUCGACGCUGCAGACGCCGGAGUGAAGAAGGUCACUGAGGCUGGCAAGGGCAUUGUACCAGGUCUUGGUGAUUCUGACAACAAAGGCAACGGUAGCGACAAGGGCAAGUCUGACGGUAAGCAACAGCAGUCCUACACCAGCUAUGCAGCCUCAUACCUGCCCUCCAUGCCAUCAUGGGGUGGUUCGAAGAAGGAAGCACAACCCUCAACAGCUCAACGCAAGCCUUCUGCUCCAAAGCUCGAAAAAAGAGACAGCGCAAAGCCAUCAAAACUUGAGCGUAAAGAGUCUGAAGCCAAACAAUCAUCAUCUCGCCCUCCACCACCAAAACUGGGAAGGAAAAGCAGUUCAAACACCGCCACUGCAAAGUCACCACCUCCUAAGCUCGGACCUCGAAAAGCCAGCGAACCAGGCACAAAGUCACCACUACAACGUGUCUCCUCGGGCGCAAAGAACGUCCCAGGUGCGGGUCAGCUACCUAAUAUAGGCGAACAGCUACCCGGAACAGAUACUGCCAAACAAGCCGCUUCCGCUCCACAAGACGCUGCGAAGAAAGGCACUGACGCUGCUGGACAAGUAGCAUCCAAGGGAGUAGAUUCUGCAAAGCAAGCAGCAUCCGUACCACAAGGCAUCGCUGAGAAAGGUACUGAAGCCGCUGGACAGGUAGCGUCGAAAGGACAAGAUGCUGCAAGUGCAGGUACGGCCGUGGCUACAGAUGCUGCUUCGAAAGGUAAAGACGCUGUGGGUGCUGGCGCGAGUGCGACUACCGAUGCUGCAGGUCAGGCUGCCUCGAAAGGGAAGGAUGCUGUCAGUACUGGUGCGAGUGCGACGAGUGGAGCGGUUAGUGGUGUUUUUGGAAGUGGUAAGAAAAUGUUGGGGUUUGGUAGGUGA